CUUAGAGCGUGAAGUGUCAGCGAUCCACCACGCCCCGACACACUCGUAGAUUCCAUUUAAAGAGACGCUCUCGUAACCGCGAUAGUUUUCGGAUUACUUGCAGUCCGGCGAGUAGGAAAGGCCGGGCCAGCCGACUCGGUGAUUUCCCAGUAGCUAACCGCCGCCUGGUUCGGCUCGGCUCCUUCUGGCGGCUUCUUUCCUCACCGGAGUCAUGAAGAAAGGUCGCAAAGUGCCGCCGGUUCGACCGUGGCUGCUGUUGCUUUAAAGACAAGUUAGAGCCCCCUUGUUUUUGGAGGGGUGGGGGGCGGGUGGGUAGGAGAGACCAGUCCCGCCACAGAACCCAGUCACCGCCUGCUUUGCUUAGCUCUGCUCGGUCUGACGGCCCGAAGCUCCGACCCGCCUGCCUGAGCGUCCCUCCCCACCCUGAUGUCCUCCGAAGCCAAGUCACGAUGGAGCGGCUCCUGUUCCCAGACGAGCGGCCCGGUCUGUAGACCGACCAUGUUGGAGAUGUCUGAAAACGCGAGUCGACAGAGGAGCCACCGCCCCGAAUGCGCGGCGGACAAGACCCCGGAGAGCCGAGGGGCAGACGAGGUGGUCAUCGACCCCCCCAUUCCCCCUAAAGCUAUUACCCUACCGAACCAGAUGUCGGUGUACAGCGCGCGGAAGCCCCUCUUCUCCAAGGUCAACAUCCAAGGCAGAACUUACAACUUCUUAGAACGGCCCACUGGCUGGAAAUGUUUCAUCUACCACUUCACAGUAUUUCUAAUUGUUUUGGUUUGCCUCAUCUUCAGUGUCAUGUCGACAAUCGAGCAAUACCAUUACUUUGCCAACAGAGCUCUUGUUUGGAUGGAGAUUGUAUUAGUGGUAUUUUUUGGAAUUGAAUACAUUGUCCGACUAUGGUCAGCAGGCUGCCGCAGUAAAUAUGUUGGAUUUUGGGGAAGGCUCCGCUUUGCGAGGAAGCCCAUCUCCAUCAUAGAUCUCAUAGUGGUGGUGGCUUCGGUCAUAGUCCUCUGCGUGGGUUCGAAUGGGCAAGUCUUUGCAACAUCAGCCAUCAGGGGCAUUCGGUUUCUGCAGAUCCUUCGAAUGCUGCAUGUCGAUCGCCAGGGUGGCACCUGGAGACUUCUGGGAUCAGUUGUCUUUAUUCAUCGGCAGGAGCUGAUCACCACUCUGUACAUUGGGUUCCUGGGCCUGAUCUUUUCCUCCUACUUUGUGUAUCUGGCUGAAAAAGAUGCAGUGGAUGACAGUGGCUCCCAGCAGUUCGGCAGCUAUGCAGAUGCCCUGUGGUGGGGUGUGGUAACUGUUACAACAAUUGGAUAUGGGGAUAAGGUCCCUCAGACCUGGAUCGGCAGAACCAUUGCUUCCUGCUUCUCUGUAUUUGCAAUUUCUUUCUUUGCUCUUCCUGCGGGGAUUCUUGGUUCGGGUUUUGCUCUCAAGGUUCAACAGAAGCAGCGACAGAAGCAUUUUAAUCGUCAGAUUCCAGCAGCUGCUUCCCUUAUUCAGACAUCAUGGAGGUGCUAUGCAGCAGAAAACCACGAGUCUGCAACAUGGAAAAUGUAUGUUCGGCAACCUAACAAAUUUUAUGUUCCAUCUCCAAGUCCAAAGACAAAGAAACCAGUGGUUAAAAGAAAGAAAGUGAAGUCUGAUAAAGACAAUGGAUUAAAUUCUGAGAAAUCACUGAAUGUGCCCAAUAUCACAUACGACCAUGUUGUUGAUCAGGACGACAGGAAAUAUGAAAACUCAAAUAUCGAUGGAGACGAUUCAUCAGUGAAGAAAUCCCUGGGGAUGCUUGAUGCGAACAGUGGAACCUUGUCGAGGGCAAACAGCUAUGCAGAUGAUCUUGACCUCAUCGAGGGAGAGCCAGCACUGGCCCCCAUCACGCACAUUUCGCAGCUGAGGGAUUCCCACAGGAUCACCAUCAAGGUGAUCCGCAAGAUGCAGUAUUUUGUAGCGAAGAAGAAAUUUCAGCAAGCCAGAAAGCCUUACGAUGUCAGAGAUGUAAUCGAGCAGUAUUCUCAGGGUCAUCUCAACCUGAUGGUGCGAAUCAAGGAACUGCAGAGAAGGCUAGACCAGUCCUUGGGAAAACCAACAAUGUUCCUAUCUGUGUCAGAAAAGAGCCAGGACAGGGGAAAGAACACAAUUGGAGCUAGACUUAACAGAGUAGAAGAGAAGGUUGUGGACAUGGAUCAGAAGUUAAACACCAUCACAGAUAUGCUGCACCGAUUGGUUGCCAACCAGGAGGGACAUUCAAACUCACAGGCUCAGCAUCCGCCGCAGGGAACCGUUUUACAAGCCGUUGCCUCGAGACACAGCUCUCUACCCAGCUACGAGCAGCUCACCGUACAUCAAGACAACAUGGCUUGAUCUUCAAUCCUCUGCUGUUUCAAGUUCAGCUACGUCCACAAGAUUGCAAGAGACCAUUUGGAUGUUGUAUGAUAAGCCUCAAGGUUAUACACAUAACUGGCACAAGCCUUGAGGAGCUGGCAAUGCACUGAAAAAGUGUGUGAAACUUGAAACCAGCCACAAUUAGACUCUGUCUGCCUUCUUGACGCAAAUGUCCCUUCUGAUUCUGGUUUAUGGAUCCCAUCGGUUUUGCUGAAAGUUCUUCGUCACAUUCUCCGAGAGCCUCAGACAUUUCCCAAGCACAUUUCAAACACUCCUCCAGUCGCUUAUUCAGGAAAAAAUGAAGGCAAUACUUGGACUGUCUGUAAGACUGGAGGAAAAGACUGGUAGCAUACAAUGUUAAGACAAAUUGUAAUCCUUUUUAGAAUAGAUUUGUUUUAAAUGCAAAAAUCAAAAUAUUGUAUGAUUGCUGAAAGAUGU